AUGGGGCCUCUCAGUACAGGACUUCCAUGUGUCGAACUUCCGACCGAGCUAGUCCUCCUUAUAUUGUCAUACGCUGCAAAGCCUACGUUCUCUCAGGCUGACAACUACGAUGCCAAAAAUCCAUACGCAUCCGCGGCUACACUCUGCCUCGUCUCCAGGAUUGUGAGACGCACCGUGCUUCCCGAACUUCUGCAUACGCAUUCGAGCACGCUCUUCAGUAUGCAAAAAGCAUACGCUCAGCAAAAGCAUCACCUCCAUUUCGAAUACGCACCGCACAUACGCAGGAUUUGGAUUGGAGAGAUCUUGCACCUUCCCCCGCAACCUCUUUGGCCCCUCAGCUCUAUGCUUUAUCCACCCCCUGCGCUGGACUUCAGCCUCCUGUCUCCAGUGGUCCUCGCCGCAGAGUCCCUUGCGCUCGACUUUUUAAGCGUGAAGUAUCUUCUCGCAGGUUGCCUUGAGCAUGCAUGGCACUCCCAAGUGGUUGAUCACGAACGCCCACUUCCUUGGAAUACCAAAACUAUGACGGUAUCCGGGGCUUAUCCAUGGUUCUCCCUCGAGAUCACUCCCCAAGGACGUGCUUUCCUUGCGUCUAUUUCUCACCUCGUCUCUCUGUCUCACUUACAAAACGAAACACAUCUGCACCUCAUUGAUCGUUUCACGGGAUCUCGCGACUACAGGCUGCCUAUGUGGCUGAGGCGCACUCGGUGGUAUUCUUUCGAGAAUCUACAGACCGUUUCACUGGCCCUCCCGUAUAUCGAAGUUCCAGUCGAUCCAUGCAUUUUUAGCGGGACGGAAGUGCAAGUGGAGUUGCUGACGUUCCCUGUGUCUCUGAUACCGAACAACUUGCGCCGGGCGUUUGCUCAGAGUGGAGAAGGGCGUUUCCGGUCGGAGGAUGCCCAAGUUUCGGUAUCGGGUUCUUUUGUUGACGAAGGGCGUUCUGAUGCUAACAGGGCACCCAAAGAACACGCCAAACGAUGUACCAUCAAGACCCAAUGUACUAUAUUAAACCAAACAAGCAGUUGGGACACGUCCCGCAAUUUGUUGGAUUCACACUCUGCAUACACAGUAUAUACCUUCGUGGAUACGAUUGAGGAUCAAGACGGCGAAUUUCUAAGGGGCGGUGCUGCACGUAUGCACAUCUCUCAUGCGCAGACAUCUGGGUCGCUACCCCUGCUCGGCCACUAUCGACACUCUCUCAAUGCUCGCGCAUCCAUCAAAUAA